ACUCGAACAACAAUGACUCUCUAUAUGCAACUGGAAGGCCCAACCUAAAAGAAAGAGCAUUUAACUAACCCUAAUUCGCCAUUGAACCCUAGACAUUGUGCUUUCACCUUGGCUCCGCUCUUUGGUUUGCUCAACCGAUCUCCGCAGCAAUGGUGAACGUUCCGAAGACAAAGAAGACCUACUGCAAGAGCAAGGAGUGCAGGAAGCACACGCUCCACAAGGUCACCCAAUACAAGAAGGGCAAGGACAGCAUCGCCGCUCAGGGAAAACGCCGUUAUGACCGCAAACAGUCCGGUUACGGUGGCCAGACCAAGCCCGUUUUCCACAAAAAGGCGAAAACCACCAAGAAAAUUGUGUUGAGGCUCCAGUGCCAAGGAUGCAAGCAUGUCUCGCAGCACGCUAUCAAGAGGUGCAAGCACUUUGAGAUCGGUGGUGACAAGAAGGGAAAAGGAACAUCUCUCUUCUAGAUGGAAUAUUAGAAUUUGCAAUUUCACACACUCUCUGUACUUUUCUCAGUUUGAUUGCCAUCUUCGGCUUUUAAUUUUUGCAGAAAUAUUUUGUGUUUGGGGAUGUUAGAAUUUGCAAUUUUGUUUUUGUUUAUGCACUGAUUAUAGUAUUAAUGACUAGUUUCUCUUCCUUUCCUUGAA